AGAAUGUGAGCAUUAUGGUGAAGAGAAGAUACAGGCAUCAACAUUAUAACACUGUCAUAGAAUUCCUCUAAAGACUAGGAAAUAUCGCUGGUGUUGUACCUUCUGGAAAUACGUUUUACUACAAAUACCACCGAGGCUUUGCAAACAGAAUGAACAUGCUGCUGUUGACUGCUCACCCACAGUAACCAGCUGGGCAUUUCACUCAUGAUGUUUUCAUUCUCACCUUGUCCAAUUGGAAUUUGCUUAUACUGAUUUUUAAAAAGAGGAAUAAAUCAAAGUGGAGUACCGUAAAUUUGACAUGGAAAAUAAAAAGAAAGACAAAGACAAACCAGAUGAAAGAAUGGCACGGCCUAGUGGGAGAUCAGGCCAUAAUCCACGUGGAAGUGGUUCUUCAAAUUCUGGAGUGUUAAUGGUUGGCCCUAACUUCAGAGUUGGUAAAAAAAUUGGAUGUGGUAAUUUUGGAGAACUACGGUUAGGAAAAAAUUUGUACACAAAUGACUAUGUGGCAAUUAAGCUGGAGCCAAUGAAGUCGAGAGCACCACAGCUACAUUUGGAAUACAGAUUCUACAAGCAGCUAGGAUCUGGAGAUGGAAUACCUCAGGUUUAUUAUUUUGGCCCAUGUGGCAAAUAUAAUGCUAUGGUGCUAGAACUACUUGGACCUAGUCUGGAAGAUUUAUUUGACUUGUGUGGUAGGACAUUUUCUCUUAAAACCGUUCUUAUGAUAGCCAUACAGUUGAUUUCUCGUAUGGAAUAUGUCCAUUCAAAGAACUUGAUAUACAGAGAUGUAAAACCUGAGAACUUCUUAAUAGGACGACCCGGAAACAAAACCCAGCAAGUUAUUCACAUUAUAGACUUUGGUUUAGCUAAGGAGUAUGUAGAUCCAGAAACAAAGAAGCACAUACCAUAUCGAGAACACAAGAGCCUUACAGGAACAGCUAGAUACAUGAGUAUAAAUACACAUUUAGGAAAAGAGCAAAGUAGAAGAGAUGAUUUGGAAGCAUUGGGUCAUAUGUUUAUGUAUUUUCUCAGAGGAAGUCUUCCCUGGCAAGGUUUAAAGGCAGAUACAUUAAAGGAACGUUACCAGAAAAUUGGAGACACUAAACGAGCAACUCCUAUAGAAGUAUUGUGUGAAAACUUCCCAGAGGAAAUGGCUACUUACCUACGUUAUGUAAGAAGGUUAGAUUUUUUUGAAAAGCCAGACUACGACUACUUAAGAAAGCUCUUCACAGACUUACUUGAUCGGAAAGGUUAUAUGUUUGAUUAUGAAUACGACUGGAUUGGCAAGCAGUUGCCUACUCCAGUGGGUUCAAUACAUUCAGACCCUGCAAUGUCUUCAAACAGAGAAGCAUAUCAACACAGAGACAGAAUGCAACAAUCCAAAAAUCAGUCAACAGACCAUAGGGCAGCUUGGGACUCACAGCAAACCAAUCCACAUCAUUUGAGGGCUCACCUGGCAUCUGACAGACAUGGAGGCUCUGUACAGGUAGUAAGCUCAACAAAUGGAGAGCUGAACACGGAUGACCCAACUGCAGGCCGUUCAAAUGCACCCAUCACAGCUCCUGCAGAAGCAGAAGUAAUGGAUGAAACAAACUGCCAGAAAGUGUUGAACAUGUGUUAUGUAACUCUCAGAGCAGUUCUGGUCUGUCUCUGCCCACUGCUACUUUUUCAGUGACUGAGCAACAGGGUGCCUUGGAUAUUUUGAGAAGGUAACUUCUGUCUCCCCUAACUUUGGAUGUUGUUCUCACCCCCUGUAGAACCUUAUUUUUAGACCCUUAGUCUCCCUGACUUUUAAAUGCUUUCCCCAUUUCCCAUAUUCCAAACUAAAUCAUCUGGAUUCCUUUUGAAUUUUCAUGACAUAAAUGCUUGGUGAACUUAAGGAUUUACCGAUCAAGGCUAUUCAUGCAGUACAUUUAUAUUUUCACUACUGCUGUGCUUCAUAGUUUAAGACUCAUCAGUGUAUAGUGCUGCAAGUGAGAAUUCAGUAACCAAACCACAGAACUCCAUGGGACAAGCUCUAUUAGAGUAGACAACUUGCAUGCUCAGUUUUGGUCACACACAUUGUGAACAGUUCAGCAUGAAGCUUUAUUUUUAAAGGUGGUGUUCAGGACCUGAGAGUUGCUUAAAAUAAGCCUAGCAGUACAAUUUAAAGGAAUUUUUUGUGUGUGCGUGUGUGAUUUGUUGUUUUCCUCUUUAUUUUCAAAAGUACUUUCUGGACUUCUGCAGUCCUUCUGUAUAUUAUCUAUAUCUAACUCCCUCCAACUCUUUUUCAUUUUGUAGGGUUCUUUCAGGUGCUUUCAGAUUGUCUCAGUUUGCUAAGUGAAAUUCACAGUGUUUGUCAGUUUCUUUCAUUCAUGUAGUAUUCAAUAAAGCAGAAGAGGGAUUAUCAGUGUUCUUUAUAUUUAAGCUGUAAUUUUUCCCUGUAAUAUUUAUUUUCACAGCACUGAGUCAGAGUAUUAAUUAUGUUGUUCAUUAGAAUUUUCUUCUAAAAUGUCUUGUGGAAUAGCCUUGGACAAAGUUUUUCUAGGUUCUGGUUGACAAAGGAAGCUUAAAUUGUUUUCUUGUUUUAGCAACAAUAGUGUUUUAAGUGCACAGUUUAGGUGACACAGUCAUAAACACAAGCUUCCAUUUGGCAUAUUGCCAGUUAAUAUGAAAGAGUACUUGGGUAAUGGAAUAUUCUUUAUUACAAAUACCUUUUUAAGUCAGCCUGUAAUACCUGUGCUUUUGAUACUCUCAUCUAUACUUAAUGGCUUAAUAGCUACUUGCAUUUUAGCUUUAGUUUGAUACUUUUUACCAAAAAAGGUGAAAUGUGUCAAAAAUAUCUCUACUUCAGUUUCUUUUUCUAAUAAAUCAAUUUCCUGCAAUAGAGCUUAAUGAGUUCCUUGUGGUGCUGGCUGUACCUGAGCUAUGUACUUCAAAUGAGACAUAGAGUAAAUAGUUUAGUUUUGUGGUUUCUUUUAUAUCAAAUGUAAUUCAUGUCACAC